UUCACUAUGUUUUUCUUACUACUAUUAGCAGUCCCGUCCGUAUACGCUACAUACGUCAUAUCUCUUUAUGGCGACGUGUACAAUGAUAUAGACUUCUUCACCCGGACUUACCCGUGGAUUAUAGACAACAUAGGAGGGGAUAUUAUGGUUGAUUACUAUUUAUUGGGGAGCGGGAAAUACUCGGUGCCUCAGAUGUGUGCGUUGAACGAAAUGAAGAUGAAUAACUUUCUUCAGGCGCAGUUUUUGAAGUGCGAAGCUGAGGGGAACCCUAGCGAAGUCUGCCUCUGUGACUCUGGCAUCGACCCCCAAAAGUACAAACACUGUGUACUUACCAAGGGAAAUUACGCAAGCCGGGCGUCUGCCAAAUAUUCGCAAAUCGGCAUCGAAGCGAGUCCCGUAAUCGAAAUCGGAUAUCGAAAUACCAUUUUUGAAGUCGACGACAGUUGGUAUUUGAAGAAAAUCUGCUCUAUCUUUGGCGAUAACCCCCCUAGGGGAUGUACUAAACCUUUUUCGUGUGAUAAUUCUACUAAACUUGAGACUGAUAGGAAAGGUGUGGUGAACUUUAAUUGUGAUAAAUGUCCCAAGGUUGAUGUUAGUAUAGUUGACAGCAAUAAGUCAAGUACUACUGCAAUGUCUAGUACUUUUACUACUAGUUCUACCACUGUAACAGAUCCUGUAACUGAAGGAUACCCAUACAACUAACAAGUGUAAAUUCAAAAUUUAUAACACCCCCGACAAGUGAGGGUUACAGUAACUAGAAAAGAGCUGAUAACUUUCAAACGGCUGAACCGAUUUUCUUGGAUUAUAGCUAAGAACACU